AGGCUGAGUCAGUGAGCCACUGUGCCCGCUCUGAAGGCUCUACUCCUGGGAGAGACAGACCCUCCAACCCCCGAGCCUGGAGGGUGGGGCCCACCACCCACCCACCACACACCCACCGCACAGAGAAGGAGGAAGCGACAAGAGAGGAGAAAAGAAAGCCUUGGUGGUAGGUUGUCCCAGUCAACCGUUGUUCAGUGAUGACAUCAGGACCAUGUGACCAGGUCUAUCCAGUGACUGCAAGAGGAAGGAGACUAAGUUUAAAGCUGGUGUCUGUGGGGUAGUGUGAGGCUCCGCUCUCCUCGCCUCCCAGGAACCACACAAAAACACUCAGCCCUCUGGGUAACAGACAGACCUCUGGAGUGUAAAUGGUUAAAUGUGAUCGGGUCAUCAUUAGUCGCAGGCGCUACGCAGAGCAACCUUGUGGCAGUAAGGACGUUCCAACUCGUCCAGACCUGGUCUGUACAUGUGGUCGUCUGAAUUCUUCAAACCAGAAAGAGUUUCUUGUGAUUGGUUUUGUCCUUUUCUCCGUGGUACGUGCUCUUGGUUCUCCGUGGUACGUGCUCUUGGUUCUCCGUGGUACGUGCUCUUGGUUCUCCGUGGUACGUGCUCUUGGUUCUCCGUGGUACGUGCUCUUAGUUUAGGAUCUAGAGGCCAUUGGUCAGGGGCCAGGGGUCACGCUAACCACAGUGGAACCACAAGGCUGAAUUUCACAGCAACCAGGAGGAGUCAUGGCAUCUAACAGUCUAUUCAGUACAGUUCCACCAUGGCAACAGAACUUCUGGGAUCCCAGUGCCACGCGGAGGUUUAGCCCGCCGUCCAGUAGCCUCCAGCCGCUCCCGGCCAAGAUGAACGAGCUCAACACGCCGCCCGGGACCGGUCAGCAGGACAGCACGGUGCCAAGGCUGCGCCUGCAGGAGAACCGCAGCAUGGCAGAGAUCAUAGCGGACCACCCGGCCGAGCUGGUCCGGACUGACAGCCCCAACUUCCUCUGCUCUGUCCUGCCCUCUCACUGGCGCUGCAACAAGACGCUGCCCGUCGCCUUCAAAGUUGUGGCAUUGGGAGAGGUGACUGAUGGGACGGUCGUCACGGUGAUGGCAGGGAACGAUGAGAACUACUCGGCGGAGCUGCGAAACGCAUCUGGGGUGCUGAAGAACCAGGUGGCUCGCUUCAACGACCUGCGCUUCGUGGGCCGCAGUGGACGGGGAAAGAGCUUCACGCUGACCAUCACAGUGUUCACCAACCCUCCUCAAGUAGCAACGUACCAUCGAGCCAUUAAAGUCACUGUGGACGGACCCCGUGAACCAAGGAGACAUCGUCAGAAGAUGGAGGAGUCUCCUAAAACAGUGCUGUUCUCAGACCGCCUCAGUGAGCUGGAGAGGAUCAGACAGACAACCAUGAGGGUUGCCAUGCCGACACAACCCCAACGACAGCCACUCAACGCCGGACCCAACUCCUUCAACCACCAGGGACAGACACAGAUACCAGACCCUCGCCAGUCUCAGUCGUCUCCUUCCUGGUCCUAUGAGCAGUCCUACCCGUCCUACCUGAGUCCUAUGACCUCCCCAUCUGUCCACUCCACCACGCCCCUCUCCUCCAGCCGAGCCACCGGCCUGCCCAACAUCACUGACCUGCCCCGCCGCCUGCCAGGUUCGUCAGAUCUCAGUCCGUUCCCAGGUCAGUUUGAGCGUCAGUUCCCGGGUCUCUCCUCUCUGACGGAGUCCGGUUUCUCCAGUCCCAGAAUGCACUACCCCACCACCUUUACCUACACCCCUCCUGUCACCUCCGCCAUGUCGCUAGGCUCCGCCCACUACCACCCCUACCUGCCACCUCCCUACCCCGGGUCCACCCAGAGUCAGAGUGGACCGUUUCCGACCAGCAGCGCUCCCUAUCUCUACUAUGGACCAUCCUCUGGAUCGUACCAGUUCUCCAUGGUUCCCGGGGGGGACCGCUCCCCCUCCAGAAUGGUUCCUCCCUGCACCAGCGCCUCCACCGGUAGCUCCCUGGUUAACCCUAACCUGCCCAGCCAGGCAGAUGGAGAGGUGGAGGGGGACGGGAGUCACAGCAACUCCCCAACAGUACUCAACUCUGCUGGGGGACGCAUGGAUGAAGCUGUCUGGAGACCUUACUGAGGAGAAAAGGGGGAGGGAAGGAGGAAGAGGAGGAUGGAGAGGAGGAGGAGAGGAGGAUGGAGAGGAGGAUGAAGAGGGGGAGGAGAGGGGGAGGAGAGGAGGAGGAGGAGUAGGAGAGGAUGAAGAGGAGGAGAGGAGGAUGAAGAGGAGGAGGAGGAGGAGAGGAGGAUGAAGAGGAGGAGGAGAAGAAGGCAACGUAAACUAAUGCCAUGGUUUUAAAGCACAAAACCUUUCAAAUGAAUUUUUGAGUUCUGAUUAAAAAGCAGCAAUUCUCCAGUGUCAUCCACAACUUACGGGACAACGCUUCAGGCUAUUUGUAGCAGACAGCUUGUUUUGUGUAGUAUUUGUAUUUGUAUAAGGCUUUUAGCUGAGUAUGUUGUUGUACUAGGACAAUAUAGCAGGACAAUAUAGCAGGACAAUAUAGCAGGACAAUAUAGCAGGACAAUAUAGCAGGACAAUAUAGCAUGACUAUAUAGCAGGACUAUAUAACAGGACUAUAUAACAGGACAAUAUAACAGGACUAUAUAACAGGACUAUAUAACAGGACUAUAUAACAGGACUAUAAGGACUAUAUAACAGGACUAUAUAACAGGACUAUAUAACAGGACAAUAUAACAGGACUAUAUAACAGGACAAUAUAACAGGACUAUAUAACAGGACUAUAUAACAGGACUAUAUAACAGGACUAUAUAACAGGACUAUAUAACAGGACUAUAUAACAGGACAAUAUAACAGGACUAUAUAACAGGACUAUAUAACAGGACUAUAUAACAGGACUAUAUAACAGGACUAUAUAACAGGACUAUAUAACAGGACUAUAUAACAGGACAAGCACUGAGUAGCAAAAGAGGACAGAAACACGUACAGUAUGUUACCAUGGUGAUGAUAAGAGUAACAGCUAUGUUGCGAUGUGGUGGUAUGAACAAAGUUUGCUUUAAAAUGUCUAUAUGCUCAUUUUAAAUCAAUUAAUUUAAAUGGUAUAUUAUUGGUGAGAAGUUUUAACUUAUGAAGACAUAAAUGAUGUCCGGUAUUUUAACACUUGAGUGGUAGAAUUCUGUAUUCUGAAUAUUUUUAUGCAUCUACAUGAUUACGUUAACAGUCUUUUUCGUUGGUCAUUUAAGUUAACUGAUUUUAAAACAAUAGUUUUAACAUAAUAUUAUUUUUUCAAAUGUGUUUAUACAUUUAAAAUUCCUCUCCAAAGAUAAACGAAAAGCUAUUUCCUCUGUAAACAAUAAUAAUUGAAUCUGAAUGAUGAAAUCUUUUACGCGUAAAAAGCAAUGACACACUAGAUUACAGAAUCAAAAACAUGAGGCUCUGAAUUCAUACAGUACAACAGUUACAACAACAGCAUGUGUGAUGACAAACUGACUCUGACCAUAGACACGCUUGUACUUUAUAUUUUUAUCAGGUUGAAUCUGUGUGUAUUUGUCAGACAGGUAGAUCAGGUACACAGGUACACAGGUAGAUCAGGUAGACAGGUAGACAGGUAGAUCAGGGUGGUUGUACCAGGCCUUUAUGGGUCCGCAGUACAAUACGCCACCGUACGGUAGCUCGUCAAACCUAAAUAUAGUUGAUGAGACCCAUAUUCAUGACUGUAUGUCCAGCUCAGUAUCAGCCACCAUCUACAGUCACAUAUCGGAUUUUAAAAUGCUGUUAAGUUUCCCAAAACGUCCCCUGUUUUCCAGGAAUACUGGUUGUAAAGAUGCCUACAAUUAUAAGGGAAUAAACAGGAAAUACGGGAAUCCUCCAAUCUGAAUUUCUGGAAAACCAGGGGAUUUGGGGAACGUUUCCGGAAUUGUGCAACCCUAGUCAUAUUCAUGUUCACCACAGUACAUCAUUAUAUUUCCAUUAGAUGUACAGCAGCCCUGAUUAACAACCUGUUACUUCCCUGAAACCAUAGUAGUUCUGGUCAGAUGUGCUACAGAGGACUUUCUAAAAAGUAUAUUUUGGUGUUUCAAAAACACAACAAUAUUUUAUUUAUUUUACUUUUCAUUUAUGAAUGAAUGAAUUAAUAAUCUGACCACUUUUGUUUGACAUUUGUAAAAAAAUAAAUAAAUAAAAAUA